AUGAUGGGCUCCGUGCUCCCGGCGGAGGCCCUGGUGCUCAAGACCGGGCUGAAGGCGCCGGGGCUGGCGCUGGCCGAGGUCAUCACCUCCGACAUCCUGCACAGCUUCCUGUACGGCCGCUGGCGCAACGUGCUGGGCGAGCAGCUCUUCGAAGACAAGAGCCACCACGCCAGCCCCAAGACCGCCUUCACCGCCGAGGUCCUGGCGCAGUCCUUCUCGGGCGAGGUUCAGAAGCUGUCCAGCCUGGUGCUGCCGGCCGAGGUGAUCAUCGCGCAGAGCUCCAUCCCCGGCGAGGGCCUUGGCAUCUUCUCCAAGACGUGGAUCAAGGCCGGCACCGAGAUGGGCCCCUUCACUGGCCGUGUCAUCGCUCCGGAGCACGUGGACAUCUGCAAGAACAACAACCUCAUGUGGGAGGUGUUCAAUGAGGACGGCACGGUGCGCUACUUCAUCGACGCCAGCCAGGAGGACCACCGAAGCUGGAUGACCUACAUCAAAUGCGCCCGUAAUGAGCAGGAGCAGAACCUGGAGGUGGUCCAGAUAGGCACCAGCAUCUUCUACAAAGCCAUUGAGAUGAUCCCUCCAGACCAGGAGCUGCUGGUGUGGUAUGGAAACUCACACAACACCUUCCUGGGGAUCCCUGGUGUGCCCGGACUGGAGGAGGAGCAGAAGAAGAACAAGCAUGAGGACUUUCACCCCGCGGACUCGGCGGCGGGCACUGCGGGACGCAUGCGCUGCGUCAUCUGCCACCGCGGCUUCAACUCGCGCAGCAACCUGCGCUCGCACAUGCGCAUCCACACGCUGGACAAGCCCUUCGUUUGCCGCUUUUGCAACCGCCGCUUCAGCCAGUCGUCCACGCUGCGCAACCACGUGCGCCUGCACACGGGCGAGCGCCCCUACAAGUGCCAGGUGUGCCAGAGCGCCUACUCCCAGCUGGCCGGCCUGCGCGCCCACCAGAAGAGCGCGCGCCACCGGCCGCCCAGCGCCGCGCUGCAGGCCCACUCGCCCGCUCUGCCCGCGCCGCACGCGCACGCGCCCGCGCUCGCCGCCGCCGCCGCCGCCGCGCACCACCUGCCGGCCAUGGUGCUGUGA